AUGGACUUCACUUUGGAGGGCUGGGAGCAGCUGGGGCUGGACCAGGGGGACCUGUUCUGGGACACGGCAUUGGACAACUACCAGAAUCUCUUCUUGCUGAACCCUCCAAAUCCGACCUCCUGUCCAGAUGGUGGGGAAGAGCUGGAGAUCCCAGAAAAAGGAAGUCCAGAAGUGACAGGCCCUGACACAGCUGCGGCCAAGAUUUCUCCUUUGCCACAGGAAUUCUCGGAAGAACUCUCUCAGGAGAUACUGGAGACGUUUUCCAAGGAUGGCCUCUGGAACUCUAACUUCGAAGAAGCCUUCACAGGCGAGAGCUGGUUAGAUAGUUUUCUAGAAGGUACAGAAAGUCUUAUAAGCUCUGAAGUUGUCACCAACAAGGAAAGUUCCACAGAUUGCAAAAGUCAUGAACUCAAGAGUGGCCUUGGUCCUGAGUCCUUCCUUUUCACAGGAGAGGAUUCCCUGACCCAUGACCUUUCCGAGAAGAGCGUGACGCCAGCUAAGUCUCAGGAAUGUAAGAAUGACAUUGGCUCCCACUUAGACCAGAGCCAGCUGGAUGCUGCCCAGGAAGGGGUGAUACCAUAUAAAUGUAGUGAAUGUGGGGAGAGCUUCGGCCGGAGUUGCCAUCUUAUCCAGCAUUGGAUUAAUACUCAUAUGGCGGAGGAACCAACUGGGAAUCAAGAGGAUGAGAACAGUUUCAACCAGAUUUCUUGCCUUCCUGCCUAUCCAAGGACUCACACAGGUUACAAAUCCUAUGUGUGUAACAAGUGUGGGAAAACUUUUAGUAACAACUCACACCUUCUGAGGCAUCAAAAAAUUCACACCGGAGAGAAGACACGUAAGAGUCAAGACAGUGACCAUUCAUCAGGUCUUGUCUCACAGAUUGUUAAACAGCAGAAAACCCACAGAAUUCAUAAAUCCUACAAGUGUAAUGAGUGUGGCAAGAGUUUCAGCCGAACCUUUCAUCUUAUUCAGCAUCAGAAGACCCACACUCGGAAACACUACGAAUGUGUCAAAUGCAAGGCCACCUUCAACUUCAACAAAUACCUCCUCCAACAUCAGAAAAUUCAUGCUUCAAAAACUACCUCUAAGUGUCAGGAAUGUGGGAAGACCUUCAAGCAUAGCUCAUCCCUCAUUAAACACCAGUCUACUCACUCGGGAGAAAAACCUUAUAAGUGUGACGAGUGUGGGAAAUGCUUCAGCCAUAGCUUGACUCUAAAGAGCCACCAGAGGGUUCACAGUGGAGAGAAGCCUUACAAAUGCAGCCAAUGUGAGAAAGCCUUCUACCGAAACACUCAUCUGAAUGAACAUCAAAGAAUUCACACUGGCUACAGGCCCCACAAAUGUAACAAAUGUGUCAAAAGUUUCAGCCGGCCUUCUCACCUGAUUCGACACCAGUCUGUUCAUGCCGUAGAAAAGCCCUUCAGAUGUGCUGAAUGCAAUGAGACCUUCAGCCAUAAUGAACGGCUUGUCCAGCACCAAAAAAUGCAUGCUAUGGAAACCCGCUAUGAAUGUCAGGAGUGUGGUGAGCGCUUCAUUUGCAGCUCGACUCUAACUUGCCACCAGAGCAUUCACACCCAAGAAAAACAAGGACUUGAUGGGAGCGGCAAGAUCUUGAACCAGAACCUAGAACAGAAAGAUCAUCCAAGGGGUGGCGAGAAGCACUUCAAGUGUAACACAUGCGAGAAAACAUUCAGCUCCAGCAAAUACCUGACUCAGCAUGAGAGGCUUCACACCAAGGAGAAGCCAUUUGAGUGUAAACAGUGUGGAAAAGCUUUUGUUCAAAGUGCACAGCUCAUUCGCCACGAGAUCAUACACUCUGGAGUGAGGCCAUAUAAAUGUGAGGACUGUGGGAAGGCCUUCAUCCGAAUCACCUCCCUUACCAAACAUCAGUUCAUCCACAAGAGCGAGCACCCCUUUAAGUGUAAUGAAUGUGGAAAGACUUUCAGCCAAAGUGUCCAUCUCUCAGAACAUCAGUUAACUCACACUGCAGAGAAACCCUUUAAAUGUAAUCAGUGUGACAGAGUCUUUGUGCAGAGUAAGUACCUUAUUCAGCACCAGAAAAGUCAUGCCAGAAAGAGAUCUUUUGAAUGUUAUGAAUGUGGAAAAACAUUUAAACACAACUGGCGCCUUUCCAAGCAUCAGAGAGUUCACACGGGUGAGAAUCCAUAUAAAUGUGGUGACUGUGGGAAAACGUUUAGCCUGAAAGCUGUACUUGUUCGACACCAGAGAGUUCACACCAGAGAAAAGCCUUAUGUUUGUCAGGUAUGUGGGAAAGCCUUCAGCCAGAACUCAUGCCUUUCUGUUCACCAGAGAGUUCACACUGGAGAGAAGCCCUAUCUGUGUGCUGAAUGUGGGAAAGCCUUUUCCCAGAAAGCAAAUCUGAGGCAGCACGAGAGAAUUCACUCUGGGGAGAAGCCUUACAUCUGUGAUGUGUGUGGGAAAACCUUUAGCCUCAGUUCCCAUCUCAGUCAGCACCAGCUAAUUCACACCCAAGAAAAACAAUAUCAGUGUCAACACUGUCAGAAAGCCUUUGGCUGCUACUUAGGUCUCCGUCGACACCAGCAAGUUCACACUCAAAAGUAA